GAUAAAAAUUGGGUUUUGUCCAGGGGAUGUUGACAUGAUGAACAAUCUAAUCACUUUGUACUCUGAUUUCACCCAGCUGACCGAUGCCAGGAAGCUGUUCGAUGAAAUGCCCGUGAGAAACAUUGUUACUUGGACAUCAGUGGUCUAUGCCUGCACCAGGGGCGGGAAGCCUCAUGAUGCCAUAGAACUGUUCAACAAGAUGUCGGACGCUCAGUCGGUGAUGCCUACUGGGUUCAUGUACUCCGCUGUGUUGAAGGCGUGUGGGCUGGUGGGUGAUGUUCAACUGGGUAGGCAGAUACACGAGAGGAUUAGUCAAGAGAAUUUGGAAGAGGACGUCAUUCUGAUGAAUACCCUUUUGCACAUGUACGUCAAAUGUGGUAGAUUGAGUGAUGCAAGGAGAGUUUUUGAUGGGAUGCUUUCUGUUGCCAAUACCACUUCUUGGAAUACACUAAUUUCAGGGUACUGUGGGCAGGGCUUGAUGGAGGAAGCGGUGGAUAUGUUUCAGCAAAUGCCAGACCCAAAUGUUGCUUCCUGGAACACUGUCAUUGCUGGUUUGGCAGACAAUGGGAGCAUAAGGACACUAGAUUUCGUGUGUAAGAUGCACCAGGAAGGCCUUAAGCUCGACGAGUUCACCUUCCCUUGUGCUCUUAAAAUUUGUGGUGGUCAUGUUGGUUUUCUUGCCAUGGGAAAGCAAAUACACUGUUAUGCGUUAAAGUCGGGUUUCGAGAGUUGCUCUUAUUCCCUCUCUGCACUAGUGGAUAUGUAUUCAAAUUCCAGUGCUUUAGAUGAAGCAGUUAGAUUGUUUGAAAGUUACUGCACCAGAAACGGGUCAAAUUGUUUGAGUUUGUCGUUCUGGAAUGCUAUGGUUUCUGGGUAUGUGGGGAAUGGUGAACAUAUCCAAGCCCUGAAUUUGCUUUCUAGCAUCCAUCAUUCUGGUGUUCUUUUUGACUCCUAUACUUGGAGUAGUGCAUUGAAGGUCUGCAUCAACUUGUGUAACCUCGGGCUUGGAGUUCAAGUUCACGGUCUUAUUGUCAUCAGUGGGUACGAGUUAGAUUGUGUUGUGGGCAGCAUUGCUACUGAUCUAUAUGCAAAAUUGGGGAGAAUGAAGGACUCCUUUGCAAUAUUUGACAGGCUUCCCGAGCAAGACUCCAUAGCUUGGUCUGGAUUAAUAAUAGGAUGCGCCAAAGCAGGGGUGAGCUCAGAAACUUUUUCCCUGUACAGAGAUAUGGUCAGUUUAGGCCUUGAAGUAGAUCAAUUUGUUGUUUCUGCCAUGCUGAAAGUUUGUUCAAGUGUGUCAUCUCUUGGAAAGGGAAAACAAAUUCAUGCCUUCUGCAUCAAGGCAGGAUAUGAAACCAAAGCAGUAGCAGCCACAGCUCUUGUUGAUAUGUACUCAAAACGUGGUGAAAUUGAAGAGAUUAUAGCUCUCUUCAAUGGUCUAUCUGAUAGGGAUGUCGUGUGUUGGACGGGGAUCAUUGUCGGGUGUGGACAGAAUGGCAAAAGCCAGUGAAGCUCUUGAGCUAUUCCAAGAGAUGAUAAAGUCAGGAGUAGAGCCAAAUGAAGUCACCUUCUUAGGGCUUCUUGCCGCAUGUAGACAUGCAGGUCUGGUCGAAGAUGGGUGGAGGCUAUUCCGGUCCAUGAUAUCUGAUCACGGACUUGAACCUCAGGUAGAACAUUAUUACUGCAUGGUGGAAUUACUUGGUCAAGCUGUGCUGUUAGAGGAGGCAAAGAAGUUGAUUACUGAGAUGCCACUUAGGCCUAACAAAACGAUAUGGAGCUCCUUGCUUGCAACUUGCGUUACUCAUAAGAACAGUGAGAUGAUUAGUGGUAUAGCUGAAAACCCCCCCAUGUUGCCUUUCCUGAUGAUCCGUCUGUGUAUGUAAUGGUCUCAAAUGCUUAUGCAACGAUGGAAAUGUGGGACGAUCUCGACAGAGUGAGGGAAACUGCAAAAGCUUCUGGUGUAAAAGAAGCUGGGAGGAGUUGGGUUGAUAUGGCUGGUUAGGUAAACCCUCGACUCCCAGACCCAAACCUAGGCUCAAUUUUGAGUGCUAGCUCUUGCUACUCAGGCAACUCUUUCUACUCAAUAUGCUUUCUUGUGCACGAGGAAUGUACCUCAGCUAUGCUAUUGAGAUCUGCUGCAUAUAAGAUUGAACCAGACAAUUGGAUGGGCUGGUCAUUGGAUGAUAAUCACUCCCUUCCAGAUUUUAAUUUGAAUCAGAACAAAUGUGAGGUUUCCAUGCAUGUGUUAGUUAACUCAUCUGUGUAUUGGUUGUAAGAUAAUUUAUGAAUUAAAUACCCUAAUAAUUAUACUUUAUAUAUGUAUACAUGCGAUUAACUGAUUUUCAUGUCAUAUACUAGACAUAUUUGCUCACAUACUCAGAUUAUUAAACAUCACAUGAGGUGUGAUAUACAAUUUAAUAAAUAUACGCAUCAUUA